AUGUUUCGACUUGGGGGCCUUCAGCUUCUUUUCAUCCUGACAAUCGCCACCAUCCAGUGUCAACACACGGUAUCUGGCCACCAUGCUCGUGCAUUCUGCGCCACUCAUGCGCCCAAUGAUCGGCUAAAAGCGGCACAUAAACAUUUGAGCGCAGAUGAGAUGAAUCAGUAUGUUGUUGGUCAUGAAAGCAGAGAGCGCGUGACUCCGAUUGAAAUAGAGACAUGGUUUCACAUCGUGAGUAGUGAGGAGGAAUCUGAAAUAGUCACGGAUGGCAUGAUUAAUGAGCAGCUCUCUUACCUGCAAAAUGCAUAUGAGAAUGUCACAAUAUCUUAUCGACUUGAAGGUAUCACUCGGUCAGUCAACAACACCUGGGCGCACAAUGCGGAUGAUCUGGGAAUGAAAGCCGCACUUCGCCGGGGAAGCUAUAGUACUCUCAAUGUUUAUUUUCAAACCAAUCUCCAGGCAUCCCAUGGUGCAGGAGCCCGAGCUGUCAAUCCCGAAAACAAACGCAAUUCUCAUGUUUCGAAUCAAUUAUCCUCCAGUGUAUUGGGAUUCUGUACCUUGCCUGAUCCCAGUGUUAAUGCAAGCAGCCCUCGAAGUGCUUACGUCAAAGAUGGUUGCAAUGUGCUUGCUAAAACGAUGCCUGGGGGAUCGUUAAUGCACUAUAAUCGGGGUGGCACUGCAAUCCAUGAAAUCGGUCACUGGAAUGGCCUUCUUCACACAUUUGAGGGAGAGUCUUGUUCACCAGAUAAUCCCGGUGAUUAUAUUGCAGACACCCCAGUCCAAUCUAUACCCACAGAUGGAUGUCCUGCUCGCAAAAAUUCAUGUCCAGAUUCUCCUGGUCUGGAUGCAAUCCAUAAUUUCAUGGAUUAUUCCUCUGAUGAGUGUUAUGAGACUUUCACCCCUGGUCAAAUGAAGAGGAUGAGAGGUAUGUGGUCAUCCAUGAGGGAGGGCAAAUAA